AAAGAAGUUCUCGUCAUAAAGCCACGCCCCAUUUCCAUGGAAACCAGUACACAAACAAUCUUUUUUUCUGGCGAAAGGACAUUUAAGACUGCUUGUGGAUACUUUUUGAAAUAUUUCAUAAAAAUAUACUUUAUAUACAAACAUUUUGAAGAUGCAGGACACCAACACAAACAAAACAAAGAGAGCUGCAUCAGACAUGCCACCACCCAGUGCUGCUAAAAAGCCUCGACUUGAUGCUGAACACACAAAACAAUCCCUCAUCAGUAGUGCAUUAAAAACACUGCAGGAUUCCUGUGAUGAUCUUUUAUCUCCAAACUGGAUUGAUGCACUACUUAAAGGGAAAUGUGAACUUCCUUCACUGACAGAUGAAGAAAAAUCUGUCAUUUCCAAGUUUUGUGUGAACGAGUCGUUGGCAGAGACGUUUCUGAAAGCGGUUUUGGAGAAGAUCAAGGCGGAGAAAGAGUCUAUGGGACAUGAACUCCUGCAGUCUCUCUGUAGGGUUUAUGUGGGUUUGUGUCAAAAAAGAGGAGACUCUCAUAAAGCACAUGCCCUCGCCUACAGAUUUCUCAAAGAAGACUUUUCUCAAGCCCCAAAACUGAUAAUGGUCAUGGUGACAGCAUGGCCAAGUGUUUUCUCCUGUAACAGCCCUUUAUGCAGAGCCAUUCACAUCGUGUGCAAAAUGAAGGCAUACGGAAAGAUGUAUUAUUUGCUCAGCAAGUUUCUGCACUGGGAUACAGAGCCUCCUGGAGACACCUACAGAGCCAUCACCAGCACACUGAAGGCUCUUCUGAAAGACAAAAGUCUGACUUUCCAGAAAAGCAGUUGGUAUGGUGAUGAUCUCUGUCCUGCUGCCUGGGACUACGUAUUCAGCCUGGACCUUCUCUGUGCACAACUGGGCUGGAUUUGGACCGUCUCCCAUGUUAUACGGUACUGA